CGGAGUCAUUUCGCUACAAUACAAGCUACAAUAUUACCUCCAACGGCUACACUAACAGAUCCUAUAGUCAAACGAUCUUUGACUAUCAUUUUCUCUCUCCAUAUAAUUAUUUUGUUUAGGUGUUAAGAUACACUCAGGGCGCACAAUGGCAGAAAAGAUCAACAUGGACGGGAAGGCAUCCAACGGAGAGGCGCAUCAGGAUGAGCUGGUAGCCAACGGAUUCGGCCACAAUACGUGUUCCAAAGAGACAACAACGGAGAAAAUCAAGAGGUUAGUCAUGGCCAACUUUCUGGUGAUUCUCACCGUGGCCGGGGUGAUCGUCGGGGUGUUCAUCGGACUUGGCGUGCGCCACAUGGAGCUGAGCAGGACACAGAUCCUCUAUGUGGGUUUCCCUGGUGAACUGCUCAUCCGGCUGCUGAAAAUGAUCAUCAUUCCCUUGGUCGUGUGCAGUCUGGUGUCCGGGGCGGCCAGCAUCGACCCCAAAGCCCUGGGUAAGCUAGGCGGCUGGGCCAUGCUCUUCUUUUUGGUCACCACCUUAAUUGCGUCAGCAAUCGGGGUGAUCAUGGCGUUCAUCAUCUCCCCCGGAUCGAACACCGGCUCCAAGCCGAUUUUGUUGGAUGACGGCGAGCUGCCCCCGACCAAAGAAGUGGUGGACUCAUUCUUGGACCUGAUCAGAAACAUCUUCCCCUCCAACUUGGUGUCUGCUGCCUUUCAGUCUUACGCUACCAGCUACAAGUUUGUGACCAAGAAUGGCACUAAUGGCUUGCCCAACAUCACAGUUGAGAAGGUUCCCUUUGGCAUAGACCAAGACGGUAUGAACAUCCUAGGACUGGUGGUGUUUGCCAUAGUGUUUGGUGUGGCCCUGAGGAAGCUGGGAGAGGAGGGAGAGAUCCUCAUCAAGUUCUUCAACUCCUUCAACGAGGCCACCAUGGUGCUGGUGUCCUGGAUCAUGUGGUAUGCCCCCCUUGGAAUCAUGUUCUUGGUAGCAGGGAAGAUCGUGGAGAUGGAGGACGUGGGAACGCUGUUUGCCAGCCUGGGCAAGUACAUCGCCUGCUGUAUCAUUGGCCACGCCGUCCACGGCCUGCUGGUCCUGCCGGGCAUAUACUUUAUCAUCACCCGCAAGAACCCCUACACCUUCCUGUGGGGCAUCUUCACCGCUCUGGCCACAGGCUUUGGAACCAGCUCCAGCUCUGCCACCCUGCCCCUGAUGAUGAAGUGUGUGGAGGAGAACAACGGUGUGUCGAAGCACAUCAGUCGUUUCAUUCUGCCCAUCGGGGCCACGGUGAACAUGGACGGUGCAGCGCUCUUCCAGUGUGUGGCGGCCGUCUUCAUCGCUCAGCUCAACAGCAUCCCGCUCAACUUCAUCCAAGUCUUCACCAUCCUAGUGACAGCCACGGCGUCCAGUGUGGGAGCAGCAGGGAUCCCCGCUGGGGGCGUGCUGACGCUGGCCAUCAUCCUGGAGGCAGUGGGACUGCCCACCAACGACAUCUCCCUCAUCCUCGCCGUCGACUGGCUCGUUGACCGUACCUGCACCGUUCUGAACGUGGAGGGCGACGCCUUCGGAGCCGGGCUGCUGCAGUGGUACGUGGACCGCUCUGCCAAGCCCGAGGAGGGGGAGGAGCUAAACGAGGUGAAGAUGGAGGAUGACACGCCCGCCGUGCCUGAGCACUCGCCCCUCAUCGGGGAGAAGGAGAGCAGGGGUGCGGGCGACGAGAAGGCGGCGGCUCGCGGCUCUGAGAAAGAGUCCGUCAUGUAGAUGGUUCACUGCCGUGUCAUCGAUGGCCCUCCGUUUGACCCCUCAAUCUAGCCUCUCCAUACGUGACCCCCUCAUGCAGAAAGGAGGGGAGAGGACCUUUUCUGACUUCCAUUCAUAGACGAUUCCUCUCCUUGUCUUCUCUUUCUAAGAGAAGACUAAGAGAUCCAGGUUGGGGGGAGGGGGAAGGAGAGUGUGAACAGAGGCUGUUCAGAUUUUAACAUGAACUUUUUUUCCCCCAUUGAUUUUUAUAAGGACUCUAGUUUGGAAUCCUUUGCCUCCAAUUUUUAAAUGUUUUAUUUAUUUCUGCUUUGGUUCAGAAGAGCUGGCCUUGACCUCCUCUCUUUUUAAAUAUUUUUGACAAAAUGUAUAACAGCAGGCAGACUUGAAGAGGUAAAUAUCUCCCUGUAUUCUAUAUCUAUUCCCAUGUACAGUAUGGUUCUUCUGCGUAUGAAGUAGCCUACACUAAUUAUCUCACUGCACUCUGUGAGAGUAGAUGAUGAAGAUUCCUAUGUUGUUACAUAAGAUGCACCAAAUUAAGUUUAAAUCCUCAGUGAUGUUCCACUGCUGGGGAAAAAGGACCUUUCUGACACGAGCUCACUGUAAAAUCACACACACUAAUGUGGCCUCUGUUCAAUGCUUCUCAUCUGUUACUGUGUCAUUGCAAUUAGUCAGUCCGGGGCUCGCGUCUAUGCCAAGCACAAGAGGGCCCCCAUGUUCUUACAAUCUCCCGUUUUUGCACAGUCCAAACUUUUUUACAAUGUUACAAGAAUGUGUGAGAGGUUUUGCCGUAGAGAGCCCCCUCUAGUAAUUGAAUAGGAUAUGUCAUAAACUCUCUCAGUUCCAUAAUGGGACAAAAUGGCAGCCAUCUUGGUCAGGGAGAAAUUCAAAACCAGUCUAAUUGGAAUUAAUGGCAGUAGAGGCAUAGGUGAUGCAUUUCCUGCUUUUUCUCAGGCAGGGGGGGAAGAGUAAAGCAUGUGAUAUAUCAGAAAUUGUGCUAUAGAAAUAAUGUCACCCUGAAUUAUUGACAUAUAUUAUACAGGUUUUUCUGUAUACAUAUCCUCUAAAAUAUAUGUAACGAGACCAUAAAUGUCUCAGAUUUUGUUUUCUUGGAAAGUGCUAUUAUAUGAUAGAAUAGCAAUACUUGUUGCAUUUAUGGUCUUAUCAUCAACUGAUUUGAGCCAGUGUAUGGUAUGGCUGUGGAUUGACUGUAUUGUUUAAAUGGAAUAUUCACAGUUAAUUAGAUUUUUUUUUUUUAAUAGAAUCAUUCCUCAAACUAACUAGAUAGCUAAUACACACAUUCAGUGCAGAUCAAUCAUUUUUGUUUUACAUUCUUACCACAGUGCUGGCAAAACAUAGUUGACCAACAUGGCUGACUUUUGGACCUUGAUAAGAAGGUUGCAUGUCCUAUGUUUUUUUUUUUUUUGUGGCUUAGGACUUUUCGGGAGAAGCGUAGGAAGAUGAGUGGGGUAAGUCUCUGAGGCAAAUGAAUUUAUAGAGGGAAGAAAUUAUGAAAUUCAAAUUGUCUCUGACAAAAGUGUAUUUUUAGAGCAAUUGUUAUUGGCUGUAAGCCAUUUAUCAAUUUGUGUUUUAUUUCAUUGCUUUUAAUGGUCUCCAAAGCAGAAGAGGCCAGUAGGAACAUACUCUGGCAUUAUCCUCUUUUUGUGUCCGUUCUACCGUUUUAAAAUUGUCUCCAAACCGGCUUCCCUUCGUCAAGUGAAGCAUGUCCCUUACCGAAACCAUUGGCACACCUUUAAAAAAUAUAUUUUUGCACUUAUUUAAAUGAUUUUACAGUAUUUUUGCUAGUUAUUUGAUGUUUUAAUCAUUUGUUGGUAAUAGCUUUUUAUUCUCAAAAGAUGUUUCUUUUGUCCAACGGUUAUUUGUUUGUGUGCGUAUGUACCUACUACUUCUGUUCGGCUCUUUCCCCGUUGCGGUUAGUUCAUGCAGUCUGUUCAGACAAUGUGUCCUGUGGUCUGCUCAUUUGUAAUACCCAUCCAUCCAGCGUUGAUUAGGGUCAGUCCAUACCGCUGAGAGGAAAUCCAUACGUGUCUGUCACUGCCUGUGUUUUGGUUAAAAAGCUGAGGGAUUGACCUGGAUCAAUUCGAAGCAAGAGUAUGCAAGGACUGACCAUCCAUGAUAUCAAAAUGAUAGUUUAAACUAUGUUUGAGGCUGUACAGUGUUUGUCUACAAAUACUUAGUUUGGAGUAUACAAAGCUUUUAUUUUGGGGUUCAACAGUUGAACUAAGCUCAUGAGCAUUUCUAAGUUAUAUUCUUCAAGAAUCAAUGGGUACACUGUGUCAUUAAUUUAUACGUCCGAAAAUGUAUGUAGCAACUAAGGAUUCUAGCUUGAACAAUUCCUCACCCUUUCUCUGAAGAUUUGGUUUCCUAACCUCACCGCCUGUAUUGAAAUGAUACGCCCCCUAUCGUAGGGCUUGAAUCAGUUCUCGGGUUAUCCAGCCUUCACCGACAUCAUCCGAAGCUUGACAAUGAAGACUUGCCCGAGAACAACGCAACGAGCCGCCUGAAAACGUGCGGCGAGACCGCAUUUGCGCCAGUACGAUUUAGCACUUUCGAAAUAGAAGCAUUUACUUGGCCUGUUACUUGAGUUCCAGUUCAACAUUUACGUUGACAACCAUUUUCCGGAGCAAAAAAAAAAAAAGUAUCGAUCUACUCUCUGAGCUUAUUUAUUUUAGGGACAGUGAUUUACAAAGGUAAACCUUCAAUAGUGGACAUACUAGCAAUAUGCUGGUUACCGGGGAUAGUUUGCAAAAAGAAGGCUACAAAAAUACAGUGUACUGUAUCAGCCAGGUUGAUAUCUCGUUUGGAACAAUUGUCUUGAAGGCGCAGCAUCCUAUUUUUCAGAUGUAAACAUAUAUUUUUAUAUUGCAAAACCACUUUUGAACCUUUGGUUCCGUAGCGUUUUCUCCCUGCUGUCUUUCUAUGCAAUGCUGUAAAUAAAUGCUUAUCAUUCCACAGGA